ACCGCGAGAAUACCGAUCGCUCACGUUGAAAGUCGCGCCAAUUGACCUGCGAACACAUUUCUAGCCUCAAAGGACGGAAGAGGCUAUUUCUUUUAUUGCCGUACUUGGGGUCGAUCUCAUUCUUCUGACAAAGUCACCCCAUUUGAGAAUCCAAGUUCUCGCCCUCGCCGGUCUUGACUGUUGUAUUUGCUGCCCUAUCCAGUGAUACUCCCACAUAUACGCCGCAAUGUCGAUACCCGUCCAAACAAUAACAUCCUUCCGCACCGCCUUCUCCCCCUUCUCCCCGCUCGCACGACCAUGCAGAAUACUCCUCAACAUCCUCCAAAACCCAUCCACAGCGUCACCAAGUAGUGCAUCGCACAUUAAAAUCCAAGUGUCACAUCUACCCCGCAAUUCCCCGCAAUUACCAGAGAUGACGAUCGGGUUUAAGGGCGGUAAAGAAAUUAAACUCGAGGUCGGGAAACGGAAGAUGAAGAUUGGUGAUGUGGUAGAUGAGAUUGCGCGGAUAGGACGGGUGAUUGAACGGGAGGAGAGUUUGAAGUCGUGAGAAUCUGUUAAUGGGGCUCAUUGCAUAUUGAUAUAUUGUCUGUGGUGGUUGAUACUUGGAGUCGCUCCAGUAUCCAUUAGGGUCAGCAUGGGGAAUGCUGUAUGCAGUUGGGGCUUGCAUUGUAUAGAUUUCCGUUCUUAUUAAUGUUUAUUUAGCGCUACUCCAUUCCUACGGCCAACGCCCGAACAGCAUAGGUUAUGAAAUUGAACGGUGUA